AUGGGUCUACCCAUUUACACCGGCCCGUCUACGUCAACCCCGAAUCAGGCGGCGGCGCACGAGUCAGCACCCCGAGAUGCAACGCCCACCGGUGCUGGCGCAAACACCGGUGCCGGCACGACGAGGCCCAAGACAAGCGAGGAGCAGGAGGCGGACAGGCUAUACGAGGAAGCUAUGGAGGAGGAAUAUGCCAAGAGAGAGGGCGGGGCAUAA